GUACUCACAUAUGGUUAAUAGUGCACACAAAGGCAAGGAGAGCAAGUGCAAAGGCUACGUUCUGCUACGCUCUAUCUCUAAUCCCCCCUCAUGAUCACUGUGUUCUUCACCGCCCUCCCCGGGCUGCUGCUGCUGCCUCUCCUCAUCAGCUUCAUCUUCCCCUACAUCUUCCAGGACAUCGCCAAUUUCAUCACUGUCAUACGAUUCGGGAUCAGGACCAGGAAGAAUGCCAGUAAGAUCCCAGCCUACACCAUUGUGGACAUAUUCCUGGAUAAGGUGGAGAAGUCUCCUGACAAACCCUUUAUCCUCUACCAGGACGAAGUGUACACCUACUCCGAAAUAGACAAGCUCAGCAACCAGACAGCGAGAGCACUGCGCAAGCAUGCCGGGGUCAAGUCGGGGGACUGUGUGGCCCUAUUCAUGAGCAAUGCCCCUGCUUACAUCUGGAUCUGGCUCGGGGUGGCCAAACUGGGCUGCUCAUUAGCCUGCCUCAAUAACAACAUCAGAGCCCAGUCAUUUCUGCACUGCUUCCGAUGCAGCGGAGCAAAGAUCAUCCUUGCAGAGCCAGAUAUGAAAGAUGCCAUAGAUGAAGUGAUGCCGGAACUCAGGAAAGAAAAUGCAAAAAUAUUUUAUGUCUCGGAGACACCUGUCGGUGAGGGGACUGAAACAUUUUUGGACAAAGUAAAAGCUGCAUCGUCUGAAUCCGUUCCAAAAUCCUUAAGGUCUUUUAUCACUGGAAAAUCACUUGCCAUGUACAUCUACACAUCAGGAACAACAGGGCUUCCAAAGGCAGCUAUUAUAACUCACAGCCGCAUUCUGUUAGCUACUGGCUUUUUUGACAUCUGCAAUAUCAGGCCCAGAGAUAUAAUCUAUAUUACCCUUCCAUUGUACCACAGCUCAGCUAUGCUCAUAGGAGUCCAUGGAUGCAUCUUGAAAGGUGCCACUCUAGUGUUGCGUAAGAAGUUUUCUGCCAGCCAGUUCUGGGAUGAUUGCAGGAAGUAUAAUGUGACUGUUAUACAAUAUAUUGGAGAAGUGUUGCGAUACCUUUGCAAUGUUCCUAAGACAGAUGAUGACGCAUCUCAUAAUGUGAGGAUGGCCAUUGGAAAUGGUCUACGGACCGAUGUCUGGAGUGAGUUUCUGAGGAGGUUUGGAGAUGUUCAGAUGUAUGAAUUUUAUGCAGCUACAGAAGGAAAUGUAUUGUUUAUCAACUACACCAACACAGUUGGCGCAGUGGGCAGAGAAAACUUCUUAAUAAAGAAAGUACUUCCAUUUGAAUUUAUUAAAUAUGACAUUGAAAGGGACGAGCCUAUCCGAGACGCCAAAGGUCGCUGUGUCAAGGCCAAGAGAGGCCAGCCUGGGCUUCUGAUCAGUAAGAUUACCAGCUUGUCCCCAUUUGGAGGGUAUGCCGGAGACCAGACUCACACAGAGAAGAAGAUACUUAAGGACGUGUUCCGGAAAGGAGACAUGUAUUUUAACACUGGGGAUAUUUUAAUGGUCGACCAGCAGAAAUUUAUUUAUUUCCAUGACAGAGUCGGAGACACAUUUAGGUGGAAAGGAGAAAAUGUUGCUACCACUGAGGUGGCUGAUAUUUUGAGUCUUAUGACUUUUAUAGAAGAAGUUAAUGUUUAUGGAGUGCCUGUUCCAAAUCAUGAAGGACGGAUUGGAAUGGCCACACUCAAGAUGAGGAAAUAUGAGACCUUUGAUGGUAGAAAGUUAUAUGCACAUGUUCGAGACUUUCUUCCAAACUAUGCAAGACCUCGCUUUAUCAGGAUCCAGGAUGAACUGGAGAUCACAGGAACUUUUAAACAACGCAAGGUGGAGCUUGUGAAACAAGGCUUCGAUCCAUCCACAAUCAUUGACCCUAUUUAUUUCCUGGAUGAGAGGGAAAAGAAAUACGUGCCCAUGACUCAGACCAUAUAUGCAGACAUUAAAAAUAAAAAAAUAAAAUUGUAAGACUGCAGCAUGCCUUUGGUUACUGUGCAUCUGUCUUACGCUGGGUAUUGACACUGCAACUAGUUUAUUUUGCAU